AUGCAUUUUAAUUUAAUAUUUAUUAUCUAUUUUGUACAUAUUAAAGUUGUUCAUUCAAUUUUAAAUAUACCGGUUGGAUCAAUGUUUUAUGGAUCUGAACGGUUACUUUAUACACGAAUCAAUCCAUUAGCACGUCAAUAUAUUUUUGAUAAACUUGAACGACGUUUUCAAUAUAAUAUCACUGAAAUUUUUAAUACAUUAGAUUUUGAUGAUUCCAAUAUUGAUACAUGGUCAACAUUAUGUAGUCAAUUAUCAAAUGGAAUAAUGUCAAUAAUCGGUCAUAUAAAUGUUGAUGAUUUCGAUUGGGUAUCUGACUUUUGUUCGACAUAUCAAGUACCAUUUUUAAGUUUAACGAAUAAUUAUAAUGAUUUAAAAAAUAAUUUUUCUAUAUCAUUAAUGCCUGACAUCAUACCAGCAUUAACUUCUGUAUUGCGUAGGUAUCAAAUAACUGAACUUGUUUAUUUAUAUGAUCAUACAUGUGGUGCUCAUCGUCUUAAACAACUUAUGCAAGUUCAAGUAUCAAAUUCAACACAAUAUUUAAAUAUCCUAAGUCGAUUUUUAGAUGAUCCAGAUGAUGCAUAUGAUUUAUUACAAAAUAUUGAAAUAAUAACAAAUACACCAACACGUCCAGUUUUAUCAACAGAUUCAAAUAACAAAAAAACAACGGGUCGGUAUAUUGUUUUAGAUUUUUAUUCAUUUGAUACAUAUCGUAUAAUAAUGGAUAAAAUCAAACAUCGUGGUAUGACAACAUCAGAUUAUCAUUAUAUUUUACUUUCAUUAAAUGCAAAAAAUCUUGAUAUGACAUAUUUUCGUUAUGGUGGUGUUAAUGUAACUUAUUUUUCUUUACCAACAAAUUUUGAUAAUCAAACAAAUGAAAAUUAUAUUCGUUUAUUAAAACAAGAUAAUCUUUUUCUAGUGGAAUCAUUAUUAUUAGCUGAUGCAUGGGAAACAUUAUUGCGUACGAUAAAUCGUAUGUUAAUUGCAUCGGAUAAUAUUCGAGAAAAAUUAAAAGUAUUUCGACAAGGAAAAUUUUAUAAUGAUUUAACACCGGGAAUUAAUUGUCGUAAUAGAUUUAUUCAACCAUGGACAUCAGGAAAUAUUUAUUUGAAUUAUUUAAUUAAUACGAGUUUUGAUGGUUUAUCAGGACAUGUACAAUUUUCGAAUAUAACUGGACAAAGAAUAAAUUAUACAUUAGAUAUUUAUCGAGUGACAGGAAAUGAAUUACCAAAACGUAUUGGAUUUUUUCAAGCACCAAAUACACUUCAGGUUUCUGAUAAUUCAUCCUAUCGUUCUCGUAUGUUAUAUGAUAAUCGAACACGUUUAAUUGUAACAAUAUUCGAUGAACCAUUUAUGAUGUUAAAAAAAGAUCGUAAUGAUACAAUAACAGAAAAAAGUAUUGCACCUGGUACUAUACUUGAUCCAUCACGUGUUGAAGGUUUUUGUGUUGAUUUAGCUGAAGCAAUAUGUCAUGAUAAAUUACAAAUUCCAUAUAAAUUUCUUAUUGAAACAAAAUAUGGAAAUGAAGUUGAAAAAGGUGUUUGGGAUGGAAUGGUUGGAGCAUUACUUAAUCGUGAUGCUGAUUUAUCUAUAGCAUCAUUAACGAUAAAUGGUGCACGAGAAAAAGUUGUUGAUUUUUCUAAACCAUUUAUUGAAUUAGGUAUAUCAAUAAUGAUAAGUAAACCUGAAAAACAAAAGCCAGGUGUUUUCUCAUUUAUGGAUCCAUUAUCAAAAGAAAUUUGGAUAUGUGUGAUUAUUUCUUAUUUACUUGUUAGUAUUAUUUUAUUUCUUGUUAGCCGAUUUUCAUCAUAUGAAUGGUAUUUUGAAAAUGAAUCGGAUGUUCAACCGCGAAAUAAAUUUUCUAUACAAAAUUCUUUAUUUUUUUCAUUCGCGGCUUUUAUGCAUCAAGGUGUUGAUCUUUUACCACGAUCGAUAUCAGGUCGAGUUGUAACAAGUGCAUGGUGGUUUUUUAGUUUAAUUCUUGUUUCAUCCUAUACAGCUAAUCUUGCUGCUUUUUUAACUGUUGAAAAAUUAGUUACACCAAUUGAAACUGUUGAAGAUCUUGCUAAACAAACAGAAAUUCGUUAUGGUACAUUAAAAGGUGGUUCAACAAUGUCAUUUUUUAAUAAAUCAACAAUAACAACAUUUAAACGUAUGUGGGAAUUUAUGCAACAACAUAAAGAUGAUGUAUUUGUCGCAUCAAAUCGUGAAGGUAUUGAAAAAGUUCGAAAAUCAAAAGGUAAAUUUGCUUUUCUUCUUGAAUCAACAUUAAAUGAAUAUGUUAAUGAACGUUUACAAUGUGAUACAAUGCGUAUUGGUGAAAAUAUUGAUGCAAAAGGUUAUGGAAUAGGUACACCACUUGGUUCUGAUCUUCGUGAAGCUAUAAAUAUAGCUGUAUUAGAAUUAACUGAAAAUGGUUUUCUUGAACGUUUAAAACAAAAAUGGUAUUAUGAAAGAAGUGAAUGUACAAAUUCGGGUUCAAAAGAUUCCAAACAAAGUCGACCACUUAAUUUAGCUAAUGUUGCUGGAAUGUUUUAUGUAUUAAUAAUUGGUCUUGGAAGUGCAAUGGUUAUUGCAUUUUUAGAAUUUUUAUUUAAAGCGAAAAUUGAUUCACUUCGUUUACAUGAAAAUAUCCGAGAAGUUAUGCGAAGAAAUUUAAGAAUAUCAAUAACUGGUAUUGAUUUUGAUGAGAAACUAAAUAGUAUUGAUUAUUGGCCAUUACAACAACAACAACAACAGCAACCACAACAAAUACGUCAAUUACCACAAUCACAAAAUAUAGAACGUACUGAACGAAAAUCGCCAUUUUCAAAUACACUUGAUAUACCGAAAACCGAUGACAAAGAUUUAUUUUUUCGAGGACCUAAAUUUGAUAAUUCUUCUCAUGUAUGA